GGGCCGGGUUCUGGGAAAGCCGGCCUCUCCGUCUUCUUCCUCCUCCGGCCGCAGUCGCCUAGGGUUUUGCGGCUCGUGGUCGUACUCGUAGCCAUGGACGCGAAGGCGGCGCUGCCGCCGACGUCGACUCAGGAGCAGCAGAAGCAGGAGGAAGGAGGCGGUGGAGACGGAAGCUACGGCGUGCUCCUGUACUACAAGUACGCCGAUGUCCCCGACGCCCCCGCGCUCGCGGCCUUAUACGAGUCCCGCUGCCGCGCUCUCGCGCUCGUCGGCCGCGUCCGCGUCGGCCCCGACGGCGUCAAUGCCACGCUCGGGGGAAGAAUGGCGGCGCUGGAGAAGCACAUCGAGGAGAUGAGCUCGAACAGCCUGUUCGACGGGACCGACUUCAAGCUGGCCUCCUGCGAGGACCCUAUCGACGAGAGGGUCGCCAGGGAGUGCGGCUUCACGUCACUCUCGGUUCGGCUCGUCAAGGAGCUGGUUACGCUUUGUUCCAACCCAUCACUGACAACGCCCGAUAUCUCAUUCGCCGGGAGGCAUUUGUCAGCGGCUGAGUUCCACUCGGUGCUUCAGACUGUGGGAACUGGUUCGGAUACUGAGGCGCCUGCGGGGCAGAAUGAUGUGGUUGUUUUGGAUGCAAGGAAUCUGUAUGAGACGCGGAUCGGCAAGUUUCAUGUACCAAAUGUGGAGACGCUGCAUCCUGAGAUCAGACAAUACAGUGACUUGCCAUUGUGGAUAGAUGAGCAUACUGAGAAGCUACGUGGUAAAUCAAUUAUGAUGUACUGCACAGGAGGUAUACGGUGUGAGAUGGCCUCAGCUUAUAUCCGCUCCAAAGGUGAAGGCUUUGAGAAUGUUUUUCAAUUAUACGGUGGCAUUCAAAGAUAUUUGGAGCAAUAUCCCGAUGGUGGCUAUUUUGAUGGAAAGAAUUUUGUAUUCGACCAUAGAAUCUCUGUGGGAAGCAAUAAAGAUAACAUACUUGGAACUUGUUUGAUAUGUGGAUCUACCUAUGAUGACUAUUCCUCUCGGUGUCGUUGCAGCAAUUGCAGAAUGUUGGUCUUAGUGUGCUCCACAUGUCAGGAUUCUAAUAAGGAGUAUGUAUGUGAACUAUGUCUAAAGAAUGGAAAACAGUGCUGUGAAAUAUCUGUAAAGCAAGACUGCCAAGCAGAGUCAGAGCUAUCUGAACCUUCUGACAUUGGAAAGCUAUCCAUAAGCAACAAAAUUUCAACCUCUAAAGCUCCUGGGAGUAAUGGUAGUGAGCAGCUGAAGAAGUUGAGGAUUCUCUGCUUGCACGGCUUCCGUCAGAACUCUUCAAACUUUAAGGGAAGAACAUCAUCACUUGCGAAGAAGCUGAAACACAUCGCGGAGCUUGUCUUUAUAGACGCUCCACACGAGCUUUCAUUUGUAUACCGACCACAUCCAGAUGUCUGCUCCGACAAACCCUCACCUCCAUCUGGCACAGCAAAAACAAAAUCCGCAUGGCUAGUUUCUCCGAACAUGAGCUGCCACACCAUGCAAGAUUGGAAGGUUGCAGAUGCACCGUUUGACCCCCUUCAGUACCAGGAACAAACAGACGGGUUCAAGGAAUCAUAUGCAUACCUUGAAAGUAUAAUUGCUCAGGACGGCAACUUUGAUGGCGUUCUCGGUUUCUCCCAGGGUGCAGCAAUGGCUGCCUUACUGUGCAGGCAGCAGCAGAAGACUUGCGGAUCUCCAAAGUUCAGGUUUGGGAUAUUCUGCUCUGGAUAUCCAGCACCUGUUGGCGAUUUUGACAGAGAGCCAAUCAGGCUCCCCUCGCUCCAUUGCUUCGGUGGCGGUGAAGGUCAUGACAGGCAGAUUGCAAGCAGGGCAAGCACUGAACUUGCUGGCAUGUUUGAGGAGGGCCGGUGCACCAUCGUUGAGCAUGACAUGGGGCAUAUCAUUCCUACCCGGCCACCCUACAUCGAUCGGAUGAAAGAGUUCCUAUGCAAUUUCAUAUGACCUUUUUGGAAAAUAGGGGAUGUGCUUUGUUGUAUCUCUGGACCUGCUAUGAUGUAUUUCUUCUUUUUGUAUACUACUUUUGCCUCUAAAACCGAAGGAAAGGAAAGACAACAAACAAAUCAGUGAGCUGAAACCAGAUGCUUUGUGGAUGAUGCAAAAUAGUUAUUGUCCCGCGUACAGCACUGUA